CAAGAAAAAAUGAAUGUUUCAAUAAUUUCAGUGUUUUUUCUUUCAGGUUUGAAUGAAACAAGUCGGAAUCAGAGAUCAGCUUUAUUCUUCCUCAGUUUGCUGUGUUACUGCACAACCAUCUUGGUAAAUGUUUCUCUUAUUCUGAUCAUCAUCUUUGACAAAGCACUACAUGAACCAAUGUAUAUUCUUCUAUGUGCGUUUUGCAUUAAUGCACUUUAUGGAACAGCAGGUUUCUAUCCUAAAUUUCUGUGGGAUCUGCUUUCUCCUGUUCAUGUCAUCUCUUAUUCAGGGUGUCUUUUGCAGGCUCAGUUGUUGUACUCCUUUGCCUGCAGUGAUCUGUCCAUCCUUGCUCUUAUGGCAUAUGAUCGGUAUUUGGCUAUAUGUCGUCCAUUGGAAUACCACUGUGUCAUGUCAGUACAAAGGGUCAUUAAGCUGGCAUGCUCUUUUUGGUUAACAUCAUUUUUCAUUGUUGCAGUCAACAUUUUUCUUACAUCCAGACUGAAGUUAUGCAGUCCAUACAUUAACAGACUUUUCUGUGUGAACUUGGUGAUUGUGUCACUGUCAUGUAUUCCUAAAGAAACCGCUACUAACAGCAUUAUUGCAAACAUUACAAUAAUAAUUUAUAUUCUUCAUGGUUUCUUUAUUGUAUGGUCUUACAUGUAUAUCAUUAAAAGAUGUUACAAUUCUAUAGAAAACAGGGCAAAGUUUAUGCAAACUUGUGUGCCACAUUUAAUCUCUUUAUGCACUUUUUUUCUGACCAUACUUAUUGAAAUUGUUAAUGAUCGACUCGGAUCUAAAGAAUUACCUCAGCCUUUAAAAAACUUUAUUGCAAUAGAGGUUCUUGUCAUUCCUCCCCUGAUGAAUCCGCUCAUUUAUGGUUUUAAGUUGACCAAGGUCAGAAACAGAAUUAUUGAUUUUGUUACUUUUAAAUUCAAAUCAAUUUAAGGACACAUUUAGGAUGUAUUACUAAACAAUGCAUUCAU